GAACAAACUCUAAAAAAGAGAGACAGGUAAAAGUUUUGUAAGAGAAAAUCACUAAAUAACAAACAACUCGUUUAAGAGGAACAGCAAAACAAAAAGCAGGUGGAGGAUACACAAAUUAUUUUUUGGGGGGAAUGUACACAAAAGAGUAGUGAAUGGAGUGGGGGAAAAGAGAGAAGAGGUGCUCAUCCACCAAAUUUAUUAUUUAUUUUUCUUUUUAAAUAAAUAAAAAUAUUUUUUGUAUAUUUUUCUUCAAAAAUUCAAUAAUUUUUGGCCUAUUUUUGUGAAAAAAUAAUUUUAAAAAAUUUAAAAAAUGAGUAGUGACAGUGAAAAUGAAGAAAUUGAAGAUAAUUUAAAAUUAAAGGAAGAAAAUAAAAAUGAAGAAGAUGAAGGUGUUAUUAAUUAUUAUAUUAGUGAGGAAUAUGAAGAGGAAAGAAGGCGGGAAAGGAUUGCUUUGUUGGAACGACUCAGACGUGUUCGAGAACCCCAUUUAAGACGGAAAAUGAUUUUGAGUGAACCUUGUAUACCUUGGGAAUAUGGAAGUAAUAAAUACGAGUCACAAAAGGGAAUGGGUGCCUUUGGGCAGAGCACAGCAACAAUAAAAAUCCACUCGACUAAAGAAUUACACGGAAGCAACCCUUCAAUCAUUCCCAGACUAAGCAGAGCCUCUUCGGUUACUCAAUCUGGACAAUCACCGUUUGGAGCAAUUAGAGAACAAGUUACCCGAGUUGUUGAACAUGAAGGAGAAGCAAAGAAGCGUUGCCAAGAAAUCCUGACAGAUCCAAAGCAAACUGAAAGAAUUUUAACUUUGUGGUCUCAACCAAAUCCGGAAGCUAAAUAUAGAAAUCCAAAAUUUGGGGAAAAACGUCAAGUGAUAGCCAAAAGUAUUGGAGGGAGACAGUGGUCGAAAAAAGAAUUAAUUGAAAGCAAAGCGGUGGAUUUUUAUAAAUAA